AAGUAAUGUUUCACAACGAACCGGCGUGCCGUACGGUGACUUUCACGGGUUGACUGACAUCCAGUGGGGGUUGUGUAAACGGAGCUAAACCCGUCCUGUGUACCACCAAAAUGCGACUUCUAAAAGCAGGACUAACCUUAGGUCAGACACAUUUAAGGAAACCGGGAACACUAACAUUAAAAAAGGUGUUGAUGAACAGUUGUCGGUCAUGCUCCUCUGGUAUCGUCCCCAAUGAAAGAAUCCGCAACAUCGGAAUCUCGGCGCACAUCGACUCGGGGAAGACCACACUCACGGAGCGCGUCCUCUUCUACACGGGCAGGAUAGCAGAGAUCCAUGAGGUAAAGGGAAAGGAUGGUGUCGGGGCCACCAUGGACUCGAUGGAGCUGGAGAGGCAGAGAGGCAUCACCAUCCAGUCAGCUGCCACAUACACCAUCUAUAAGGAUUACAACAUCAACAUCAUCGACACCCCAGGCCAUGUGGACUUCACCAUCGAGGUGGAGCGAGCCCUGCGUGUUUUGGACGGGGCGAUCCUGGUCCUAUGUGCAGUCGGAGGGGUCCAGUGCCAGACCCUGACCGUGAACAGACAGAUGAAACGCUACAACGUUCCCUUCCUCACCUUCAUCAACAAGCUGGACCGCAUGGGAGCCAACCCCAACCGCGCCCUGCAGGCCAUGAGGACCAAGCUGAAUCACAACGCAGCCUUUGUGAACAUCCCCAUCGGUCUGGAGGGGAACAUGAAGGGCAUCAUAGAUCUCGUAGAGGAGCGCAGCAUGUACUUCGAGGGCCCAUUCGGACAGAAUAUUCGGUUAGAUGAGAUCCCGGCGGAGUUCCGUGUGGAGGCUGCAGACAGGAGACAGGAGCUGGUGGAGUGUGUGGCUAACGCUGACGAGACCCUGGGAGAGAUGUUCCUGGAGGAGAGGAUCCCCACCGUGCCAGAACUAAAGACAGCCAUACGCAGGGCCACAGUGCAGCGGCUCUUCAGCCCGGUGCUGGUGGGAACUGCACUGAAGAACAAGGGGGUCCAGCCUCUAUUGAACGCAGUGCUGGAUUAUCUGCCCAACCCCACAGAGAUCAACAACUACGCCCUCUUCAACGAUGAGGAGUCCAGUGACAGUACUAAGAUCCUGAUGGAUCCCACCAGAGAUGCCUCGCAGCCCUUCGUUGGCCUGGCCUUCAAACUGGAGGCGGGUCGGUUUGGUCAGCUGACGUACGUGCGUGUGUACCAGGGCUGUCUGAAGAAGACCGAGUACAUCAUCAAUACACGCACUGGCAAGAAGGUCCGUGUGCAGAGGCUAGUGCGUCUCCAUGCCGACCAGAUGGAGGAUGUGGAGGAGGUGUAUGCAGGGGACAUCUGUGCCCUUUUUGGGAUCGAUUGUGCCAGCGGAGAUACCUUCACCUCCCGGACCAGCGCCAACCUCUCCAUGGAGUCCAUCCACAUUCCAGAGGCUGUCAUCUCCAUGUCUAUGAAGCCGUCCAACAAGAAUGACAUGGAUAAGUUCUCUAAAGGCAUCAACCGCUUCACCCGAGAAGACCCCACGUUCAGGGUCCACUUUGACACAGAAAGCAAGGAGACUAUCAUCUCUGGUAUGGGAGAGCUGCACCUGGAGAUCUACUCACAGAGGAUGGAGAGGGAGUAUAACUGCCCCUGUGCGAUGGGAAAACCAAAGGUAGCCUUCAGGGAGAGCGUGACCAGUGCGGUACCGUUUGACUUCACCCAUAAGAAGCAGUCUGGUGGUUCUGGGCAGUACGGUAAAGUGAUAGGAGUUCUGGAACCUCUGGACCAAGAGAACUAUACAAAAGUGGAGUUUGAAGACCAGACUGUCGGAACCAACAUCCCCAAACAGUUUGUGCCGGCUGUUGAGAAGGGAUUCAGAGAGGCCUGUGAGAAAGGCCCUCUGACUGGUCACAAGAUCUCAGGUGUCAAGUUCCUAUUGGAAGACGGAGCGAAUCACAUGGUGGACUCAAAUGAGAUCUCCUUCAUCCGUGCAGGGGAAGGUGCUCUUAAACAAGCCAUGGAGAAGGCUAACGUUGCCGUGCUGGAGCCAAUCAUGUCAGUAGAAAUUGUGGCGCCCGAUGAGUUCCAAGGGACAGUCAUCGCCGGGGUCAACCGUCGCCAUGGCGUCAUCAGUGGGCAGGAUGGGGCGGAGGGCUACUUUACGCUGUAUGCUGAUAUUCCACUGAAUGACAUGUUUGGUUAUGCCACAGAGCUCCGGUCCUGUACAGAGGGGAAAGGAGAGUACACCAUGGAUUACAGCAGAUACCAGCCCUGUCUGCCUGGCACUCAGGAGGAGCUCAUCAACAAAUACCUGGAGUCAACAGGACAGCUGCCUGCCAAGAAGGAGAAGGGGAAGUGGAAGAACUGAGCGUGGACCACACACACACAAUCACUGAAUUGUAAACACAUUGCAGUACUGCAAUGGAAUGCUUGACAAACACAAACCGCGCUCAACCAACUGUAAACAUACUGGGCCCUGCCUUACCAAGGUGGGUGUUUUAUAUCAUAUGUUCAUUCAAAAUGGUCAGGCAGAUGACCAAGUGAAUUCCCUUGAUUCACCCUCGUUUUCCGUCAUACUCUCAUCCUAAAGUAUCUAUUUUAUUGCGGAGUUUAUUUCCAUUCGGCCUUUGCUCUCCAGCAAACAGUCUUGUCCCACAGCCAAGCAGUUAUUAUGAAGACUUGAGGCGAGCUCAAAGUUUGGACUUCAACUUGAGCAUGUAUAUUACCUGGUUUUGUACUAUGUACAGCAUGUUGUUAUAAUGAUGAUGAUGAUGAUUAAAUAAGAUUGACCUAA